UGACAACUCGGAAGGCUGCCGAAGUCAAAACAGCUGAUUUCAUUCAUCGUUUUUCGUCUCCGUUCGGUGUUGUUGUUUAUUCACAAGUGUUGUUCCAGCAACAUAAAAGUUUAUCGCGAAAUUCGUACGUGAAUCACCCGAGAUCCCAAUCGGUGCUUGUUAUUUUGUGCAGUCAUGAGUGCACCGGAAGUGGAAAACAAACCAGCGGACGCCCCGGAACACUGUCCGGGAACGGAGAGCGAAAACGCAGGCAAGGCUUCCGCUUGUGCCGGCUGUCCGAAUCAGCAGAUAUGUGCUACUGGUCCGAAGGGACCGGAUCCUUCGAUUGCACUGGUGAAGGAAAAGCUGAAGGAGGUUCGUAAUAAGAUUCUGGUGCUGUCGGGGAAAGGAGGUGUUGGAAAGAGUACGGUGACGGCCCUGUUGAGUCGAGCGAUGGCACAGCUAAAUCCGGAACGUAACUAUGGGGUGUUGGAUGUGGACAUUUGUGGACCAUCGCAGCCGCGAGUUUUGGGAGUGCUGGGCGAGCAAGUGCAUCAGUCCGGAUCCGGGUGGUCUCCGGUCUAUGUGGAGGACAAUUUGAGCCUGAUGUCGAUUGGGUUUCUGCUGGGAAGUCCGGAUGAUGCGAUUAUUUGGCGUGGUCCGAAGAAGAACGGCAUGAUUCGGCAGUUUUUGACCGAGGUCGAUUGGGGACAGUUGGAUUAUUUGGUGCUGGACACGCCACCGGGAACGUCCGAUGAGCACCUGUCGGCGACCACGUUCCUGAAAGAGACAGACGGAAACUGGGGAGCGGUGCUUGUGACGACACCUCAGGAAGUGGCCCUGCUAGAUGUGCGGAAAGAAAUUACGUUCUGCAAGAAGAUGGGAAUUCCGGUGGUAGGAGUGGUGGAGAAUAUGUCGGUAUUUGUGUGCCCCAAGUGCACGACAGAGUCGGACAUAUUUCCAGCCAAGACGGGAGGCGCGGAGAAGAUGUGUGAAGAGAUGGAAGUUGCCUAUCUGGGUAAGUUGCCGCUGGAUCCGAGAUUGGCCAAGUGCUGCGACGAAGGGAAAGAUUUCAUAACGGAGCAUUCCAAAAGUCCAACGGUAAUUGCGCUGCACCAGAUUGUAGCCAAGGUGCAGGAUUUCUUCGACAAGUAAGUGUGGUUUUUAAUACCCAUUUUAUCGUUAUAUAAAUUUCCAUGUAAAGAUUCUUGUAAAACA